AUGCUUGCCACACAGCAACGGCUCCUUGCCCGCCGCCUCAACUCAGUAACAGCAGCAACCCCAUCACGAGCCCUACUUCUACGAUGCAGCAGCAGCAGUAGUAAAAGAAGUGUUUUUUCCGUGGGUCCACAGAGAACACCGGCGGCGACGGUAUGUUUCCAGCCACGUCGCGGCAUUGCGACAGGGCCGAAUGGGCAGAGGAGAGGGAUGAUGUCGGCGAUGGCUGAAGUGCAGGAGGAGGACGCGAUCGAUGAUGUCGGGACUCAGGGUGUGAUCAAGGGCCCAAUAGACCAAUACCAGCGCUGGGUCUCAGAAGGAAAGCUACGAGACGAUGAAUACCAAAGAGGCAUCGUCAUGAACCUCCAAAAGCUCCACGACGAUCUCCAAAGCUACAACCCCCCCACUGUCGUCCACCCCACCAUCGACUCCCUCACCCCGCCCCCACCCCGCUCCUUCCUCUCCUCCCUCCUCUCCGGCCCCCCUCCCCCACCCGCCACCACUGUAAUCCCAGAAAACACGCCAAAGGGCCUCUACCUGUUCGGUGAAGUCGGCUCCGGCAAGACAAUGCUCAUGGACAUGUUCUACCACACCCUCCCCGAGCACAUCACCUCGAAGACUCGAAUCCACUUCCACGCAUUCAUGCAAAACGUGCACAAGCGUCUCCACGUCCUCAAAACCACCCACGGGCCCGACAUGGACGCAAUCCCCUUCGUCGCCGCCGACAUCGCCGCCGCAUCCAGCGUCCUGUGCUUCGAUGAGUUCCAGUGCACGGAUGUCGCCGACGCAAUGAUCCUCCGCCGCCUCCUGGAGGCACUCCUCUCCCACGGCGUAGUCGUUGUCGCGACGUCGAAUCGUCACCCAGACGACCUGUACAAGAACGGGAUUCAGAGGAGUAGCUUCCUCCCCUGCAUCGCACUCCUGAAUACCAAGCUCACAGUUAUAAAUCUUACCUCCCCCACCGACUACCGCAAGCUCCCUCGGCCAGCAUCAGGCGUCUACCACCAUCCUCUCGGCGCCGACGCCGUAGCGCAUGCCAAUCGAUGGUUCACGUACCUCAGCGACCCAGCUGACCCGCCGGGCCCGCGCAGCCACACGAUCUGGGGACGGGAGGUGAAAGUGCCGAUGGCGAGUGGGAAGGCGGCCAGGUUUAAAUUUGCCGAGCUGUGUGGGAGCGCGACGAGCGCGGCGGAUUAUUUGGAGCUGUGUAGGCAUUAUGGCGCCUUUGUGGUGGAGGACGUGCCGCCGAUGGAUCAUAAGAGUAGGGAUUUGGCGAGGAGGUUUAUUACGUUUGUGGAUGCGGUUUAUGAGAAUAAGGCGAAACUAGUACUUACAACCACCACCCCCCUACAUCAACUCUUCGUCUCUGAAGCCGAGAUGAAGGCCGCCGCCGACGAGGAAGGCGCAGACCUCGACAGCGCGAUGAGGAGCUUGAUGGAUGAUCUGGGCCUGAACAUGAAGAUGCUGAAGGACAGCUCCAUCUUUAGCGGCGAUGAGGAGCGGUUCGCGUUUGCAAGGGCGCUGAGCAGACUUAGUGAGAUGGGGAGUGUUAUGUGGAUUGAGAGGGAGUAG